GGCUUCUCCAAAAAGUGUGACAGUACACAGCUGUCACUUCCAGGGCCAGGGAACUCGCCUGUUACAUCCCCUGGGGGGGUUGAGCUGAUGAAGGGGCAGAAACACAUGAGCAAAAGACCUUAAAAAAAAAAAAACUGAAAAAUCAGUGGCCACCAUAGUCACAAGUGAACGGCCUCCAGAGUCCAGAUGAUCCAAGGCCUGGUGAAGGGACAGCCGUCCAAGGUAAUACUGAAGAAACAAAACCACUCUCCUGUCAUCGCUGAAGACUUCAAAGCCUUUUGAAGUUCUGUGCUGAAUGGUGAAAAGCAGAUAGCAAUGCUUUAUAAAAGGCCAUACUGGAGCUACUAAUGCAACUUGAUCAAGGGGAUCUUGAUCUAAAAAUAUCAUCUGCAUGAACACGAAGACCUCUGACAGACUCUACCUGACACACUGGCUGAAGAUUUUCUUGUAGUUUUGUAAGUAAUCUGAAAUCAAGCUAGGGCUAUGAUUUGGCGUUGUUGUAUUUUCCAAAACAAUUCUGAACAGAGUCUUGAUGCUGUGUUAAGAAGGCAUAACCAAAGAUUAUGUACAUUGUAAUGCUGAUUAUCCUGCCGAACAACAUUUAAAUAACCUUGAUUUAGUAGCUACUAUUCUAAUUUUCAAUAAUGUCUUUAUGACUUGCUGAAGACAAUUGAAAUCAUUAGGGACAUAAAAAGCAAGGUCAUUUUGCAUUGUGCAAAAUAUUGUUAGCAAGAGGCAAACAGUGCUUUCAGAAAUGAGAAAGGCAGAGGUCCAAAUGAUGCUGAAGAAGGGGUCUGAUGACGAGGCUCAUGGAGUUGCACCCCCAAGUCCCCAAAUCCCACCCAAGCGGGCCAGAGUAAACCCGGAUCAGGUAGUUCCCAGCCAGGAAGACUGCCUUUACCCAAGUCCAACUCCACCAGUAUUCAUCCGGAAGAUGAGGAACGCGGCUGUCGGGACAGGAUGUGACAUCCGUCUGAAGGUAGCAGUGGCGGGAGACCCGCAGCCCUCCUUGUUUUGGUACCAUAAUGACAUCCUGCUGGACACGGAUAACCAGGAGUAUGGAGGCCUGUGGAUUCGGGACUGUCAGCCCAGCCACGCUGGCCUCUACACCUGCAUUGCCAGCAACUACUUGGGGGAAGCCAGCAGCAGUUCAGUCCUUGCUGUCCUGGACCUGGGAGAAGAAAACUGGACACUCAAGCCGAACAUUUGGGAGGUUUACCCAUGCGAAGUUUUCCGCUCCUGCAGGAAACAAAGUUAUGACUCAGAGACCACAGAAGAUGAGGCGGCAGAACCACAGAUACCUAUGGAAACCAAGGAUGGUCAGGGUCCUCAGGAACAGGUUGCACACAGAGUGCCUGCAGGCGAUGGUGACAGGAUGACAGACAUCGCUCCAGAUACAAGUGGCCAUAGGGGUUCCCAGACAGACAGCUGGAUGGCCAACCAGAACACAGUGGUAGAGAAGGAGGUGUAUGCCUUGGGUUCAAGAGCCCCGGGGCUACAGGAUGUCUCCAAGCCUGCCAGGGGCCAGUCAGAAGACGUUUUGAGGGAAGCCUCCCCCCAAGCUCUCCCACCCCCCUCUCCCAAAAUUAGUCACCGUACCUCCACUUCCCCAUUACCCAGUCGUUCUGGGUCAGCCCCUGCCACACCCCUCACCCCCCGCAAGAAAGUGAUUGUCCCAAGUGAAUACCAAGACACAGUUCCAGGAGAAUUUGAGGAGAAGAUCAAGCAACCAAAAUCCUCAGCCAUGUCUCAGAGUAGCAACCUUGACUCCCGUCCUCAGACCCCUGUCAGCGAAUAUUCCCGGAAGGAUCUGACACCACGGCCUUCACCAAAGCUUACUCGAGCUAGCUCCAAAAUCAUUGAGAAGGUACGAGUAUUUGAGGAAAGGAGGAGGAGUAUUGACCAACCUGAGGGGUCUAUCUCUGGACGUUCAUGGGCAGGUUUCCACAGGACCCCUUCCAUUGACUCUGAUGAUGGUGGUAGUCGAUUAGGUAUCUCAAGAGAGAGUUCCAGGGAGGACCUGAGAGAAGCACUCAAAGCUGAUGCUGCUCAGAGGAGAUCCAACUUUAGGCAGAGGGCUACUUCUCUGGAGGACAGGCCUCACUACUCACAAAAGGUUCAGGACAUUGAGAACAAGUUCACAGAGGAGCUCCAACGUAUUAAGAAAUUGGUGGGGAAGCCCCAUAUGAAAAAGUCUUUCUCUACAGAACAACUGUCUUCUAAGAGUAGGCAACCUCUGAAAAAAUUAGAGCCAAUUCCCCUCCAAGUCAUCCAGAAACUGCAAGAUAGGGAACGCAUCCAGCAGCAACAAGAACAGAAGGAAAGAGAGCAAACUCUCGAAAAUGUCUCACAAUCACUAAGUAAACCUCAAGGUCAGCAUUUACAAAAUUCACAAUCAGAGCCAUUAGAUGCUCAAUGCUCAGACACCACAAAAAAUUCCAUUACUAGUGUUACUGUGAGCAGACUUGAGGAAGAACCUGUUAUUCUAGAAGCUAUGCCACUGGUUGAGUUACCUGGGCAAAGUUUAGCUCAACAACCACAAAGGAGCAGCCCAAAAAGGGAAAAACUUCAGAACUAUUUACCAAGUGAAACAAGAAGUAUAACUGAAGAGAAACCACCGUCUCCUACUCUACCAAAAGAUGACUCUCCGCCAAGGAGAGUUGAAUUGCCCAUACGCAAAGUAGAUCGGAGGCCUGUUAGCCCACUUGUGCAGAAUGAGUACAAGCAUGUCACUGAAUCUUGUUGCAUUGAAGAACCCCCAGCCCCAUUAUUAUUAAAGGAAGAGUCUAAGCCGCGAAGGGUUGAACUGUCAGUGCGUAGGAUAGAACAAAGACCCGCCAGUCCACUUGUGCAAAGAGAGCUUCCUUGUGUCCAAGAACGCCCACCCCAAGUCCCAUCAAUGCUUGCUGCACGCCCAAUCUCCCCUUCACCUGUUUCCAGUCCAUCAUCAGAAGAAGAGAAGAUGGACCUAGAACUACCCACUGUAACCACUUCUCCCAAGCUUGCAAUUCCAGCAAUAAUUGUUGAAGAAGAACCCAUGGAAGAUGCCCCUAAAUCAAGUGACAGAAAAAAGAGAUCCAGCACUGCAAAAGACAUGAAGAGCAGGAGAGGGAAAAUGCAGCGUGCUCGACCCCUUUCGCCUGAGGAAGACUCUUCAGACGACUCGUACGUGUCUGCAGGAGAAGACCCCCAGGAGAUUCCCAUGUUCGAGUAUCCCCUUCAGGACACCGUGGCGUCCGCUGGAGAAGAGGUGCAGCUGAACUGCAUUGUCAUUGGCACUCCAAUUCCACAAGUCACCUGGAAAAGAGAAAACGAAGAGAUAACGAGCACACCAACUCACGUGGUAAAAGUGGAGGGAGAGAGACACUCGCUGCUGAUCAGACGAGCGAAGAGGAGUGACGCUGGGACGUACCAUGUGACAGCUGUCAAUGCUGUCGGGAAAGCUUCCUGCAACUCCACCUUGUUCAUCAAACCAGAACCGAUGCAUGAGCAGCGGGGAGGUCUCAAUGUGCCCAUGGACAUCAGCAGCCCAAUCACGUCCGAUGAGGAGUACCUGAGCCCCCUGGAGGAAGGGAUGGACUUCGGAGGGCCAUAUUGCCAAGCCGAGCCCCGGAAGAUCGUUGACAUCCGGUUCAGGGAGCCUCCUGUUUUCCAGGUAGCCCUCACCAACCAAGUGGUGACAGAAGGACAAGAGGUCACCAUGUCUGUACGGAUACAUGGGCAGCCCAAGCCCAUGAUUUAUUGGCUGAGGGACCGGGUGACAAUAAAAACUGCCGCACGGCACAUAGUGCGUGAAACAGAGAGUGGGACCUUUGAGAUGAAGAUCAUUUCAGCACAGAAGUCUGAUGCUGGUGUAUACACCUGUAAAAUCAUCAACGAAUACGGCACUAAGCAGUGUGACUGCAAACUGGAGAUUAAAGUGCCCCCAAUGGAGCCAGUUCUGGCAAUUACCCGGAAUGUGAGUGACGUGACGGUGAGUGCAGGAGAGACUGCGCUCUUCGAGUGUCACAUGACUGGGCCGCAGGACGUGGACGUAGACUGGCUUGCAGACGGCAAACUGAUCCAGCCGGCACUGCUCAACUGCAAGAUGCAUUUUGAUGGCAGAAAGUGCAGGCUGCUGCUCAACUCGGUGCACGAGGAUGACAGUGGCACCUACACGUGCAAGCUGAGUACAGCCAAAGAGGAACUGACCUCCACAGCCAUGCUUAAAGUAAUGCCCUCCAUCGAGCCGCUUUUCACUCGAAAACUGGACGUCCUGGAGGUAAUCGAGGGCCGCAGUGCUCGCUUCGACUGCAAAGUCAGCGGGACGCCCCCCCCUCAAGUCAGCUGGAGUCAUUUUGACCGCGCACUGGACAACAACGAGAACAUACGCAUCCUGAAGGAAGGUGGACGGCACAUGCUGGUGAUCACACACGUCAGCAGCGAAGACGAGGGCUUCUACACGGUCGUCGCCCGUAACCAGCAUGGCACAGCGGAGUGCUCCGCCGACCUAUACGUCCAGGAGCCCCGGACUGCCGUCUCCUCACAAAUGGCGAAGCUUGAAAAAAUGCCUUCCAUUCCUGAGGAACCAGAGGUGGCAGAGAGCGAGGUGGAGCAAUUCACUAUGCCAGAUUUUAUUAAGCCACUGUAUGACCUGGACGUGGUGGAGGGCAAGGAGGCCGUGCUGAAGUGUCGAGUGGCCGGCCUGCCAUAUCCCAGCAUCACCUGGUUCCACAACGGCCGCAAGAUCAACAGCACAGACGACAGGAAGAUGGUGCAGCACCGGGACAUUCACAGCCUGGUGAUCCGCUCCGUCUGCCAUGCCCACGCCGGGGUCUACAAGAGUGUCAUCUCCAACAAAGUGGGCAAGGCUGCCUGCUAUGCUCACCUGUAUGUGACAGAUAUUCUUCCAGACCCACCAGAGGGCCCUCCGGUGAUAGAGGCAAUUACCGGAAAGACCAUUUCCCUGAGCUGGACAAAACCCAGAAGGCUUGAUCCUUCUUUAGAUGCCAGCUCUUUGAUGUAUGCUGUCCAGCAGCAAGCGCUGGGUUCAAUCCAAUGGACUAUCAUCGUGUCCAAUUUGAAGCAAACUUCCUACACGGUAACCUCACUAUCCAAGGGAGUUCGCUACUUCUUUAGGGUCUUGUCAAUGACCAACAAGGUCUUCAGCAAACCAUCUCCACCUACAGAACCCGUGCAGCUUGUGGACAGAGGUCCAUAUCUCCAAGAGGCUCCAGUCAUUACUGACAAGCCAGAUAUCGUGUAUGUGGUUGAAAACCAAUCGUUAAGUAUCCCUAUUACCCUGAACUAUGUCCAAGCCACAGUGACAUGGAAAAGGGGAAAUACAUUCAUAGUGAACAAACCUGGCAUUUUUGAGACGAGUAUGCCAGAUGACAAUCAACACGCACUGCGGAUCAUCAGGGUGAAAAGCAGUGAUGUUGGCCAGAUUAUCUGCACAGCCAGCAACAAAUUUGGCAGCGACUCCUGCAUCCUAACACUUGAAAUGGCAGCGCCACCUACUUUUGAGACUAUCAUGGAAGAUAUGGACGUUUGUGUGGGAGAGACGCCGCGAUUUGCAGUAGUCGUUGAGGGGAAGCCUGUCCCGGACAUUAUGUGGUACAAGAAUGACACCUUGCUAUCAGAAAGCAGCCACUUCACCUUUGUAUACGAUGACAAUGAGUGCUCCCUCGUUAUACUCAACACUCAAGAAGAGGAUUCGGGGGUUUACACCUGCACAGCUAAGAAUCUUGCUGGAAGUGUUACCUGCAAGGCUGAGCUUACUGUACACACAGCAAAACAGGAAAAAGAGGAGCUGAGGGAGGAUGAAGAAACGAUUCUCAGGAAGAUGCGCAGACUGACCGAUUACUAUGACGUACAUAAGGAGAUCGGCCGGGGCACGUUCUCCUAUGUGAAGCGAGUAACGCAGAAAGGGAGCAAGGUGGAGUACGCAGCAAAAUUCAUCUCUGCACGCGCAAAGAGAAAGGCCUCGGCUUUGAGGGAAAUGAAAAUACUCUCUCAGCUGGACCAUGAGAGGAUUGUUUACUUCCAUGAUGCCUUUGAGAAGAAGAAUGUCGUCAUAAUCAUCACUGAUCUAUGUCAUGAGGAGUUUCUGGAACGACUGGCAAAGAAGUCCACAGUGACACAGUCUGAGAUUCAUUCAACUGUGAAGCAGAUGCUGGAGGGAGUUAGCUACCUGCACCAGAACAAAAUUCUACAUCUUGAUAUCAAGCCCGAGAACAUACUGAUGGCAAACCACACUGGUGACCGAAUCCGGAUCUGCGACUUUGGGAAUGCCAUGGAACAAACACCAGAUGAGCCGAGAUACUGCAAAUAUGGCACACCCGAAUUCGUCGCCCCGGAAAUUGUUAAUCAGACUCCUGUCUCCAAGGCAACGGAUAUAUGGGCAAUUGGAGUCAUAACUUAUCUGUGCCUCACCGGAGUGUCACCCUUUGCUGGAGAGAAUGACCGCAGCACCGUGCUGAACAUCCGAAGCUACAAUGUCGCUUUUGAAGAGAGCAUGUUUGCAGACCUUAGCCGGGAGGCCAAGAGUUUCGUCAUUAAGCUGCUGGUGGUGGACAGAUUGAGGCCUGAUGUUAAUGAGUGCCUUCGUCAUCCGUGGUUUAAGACCUUGGCACAGGAGAAGAGUAUAAGCACAGAAGCUAUUAAGCAGUUUUUAUCUCGAAGAAGGUGGCAGAGGUCCCUUAUCAGCUAUAAAUCCAAAAUGGUGAUGAGGUCUAUUCCAGAGCUACUGGACGAUUCCUCCAGCCACACUUCCAUCGCUGUUCCUAGACACCUCCGAGAGGGCUCACCACCACUCACCUCCUCCUCGGACUCAGACGAGGAUAUCGAUGAACUUCCUUUCAUCCCAAUGCCUCUUACCAUGGACUUCUCUGGAUCCAGAAUGUCUUUGAAUGAUAUUCUGGGUGAUGAUGAUGUGACUAGCGGGACUAAUGGUACCACUGAAGGGGAAGGUCUAACUGGCCAGGGAACAGUACCUAUGGAGACUGGACCAGCAGACAAAGCAAAAGAGGGUGGAGAACCCUCCAUCCUCAGGGGGCGACUGCGGAAAAGGGCAACACAGGAAGAAGAUAAGGGAUCUUCUGAUGAGGAGCCGGCAGUGACAAUCAAGCGGUCAGAACAGUCAAAAAGGCCUCUGCGCCGUGGUUCGAGCAUGGAGUCAGAAAAGACUGAAGGUAGUUCAAGUGGUAGAAAAGGGUACCUUCGCAGGGGUGGCUCUGCCGACAGCGCACUGCUACUGCACAUCAAACACGGGGAUGGAGAGUCGGAGGGAGCCACAGAGGAUGGUAUGAAGAAACUCAAAAAGGCUGUUUCUAUGGAGUUGCCACGGAGGAGCUCUAGUCCGGGUGCUGGCAAGCUAAGCAAGGAGGACUAUGCUUUGAAACUUGAACUGAUGAGGCAGCGGCUUCUCAGAGGUGUUACUGUGGACAAUAAAAUGAGUGGCUUACGAGGCCCCCUGCUGGAGACACUAGGUGUGGGUGACGAAAAACGUACAAUUCCCAUAGAACGUUAUGUACGCCCACAUCGCUUAGGUGGCGCCCCAAUGAUCCGGGCUGCUUCUAGCGACACAGCAAGAGAGGACAGUCCAAAAAUCAAGGUCCUCCGCAAAAGUGCCUCCUUCAGCCAAGGAGAUACUGAGCCCAUCCCUCUACACCGACGUUCUGGAGCCCCUCUAGAAAUACCCAUGGCCCAGAUAGAGGAACGUCGGUUACAAGAGGCUGCAUCCAUGUCCGCUCUCACAGAGCAGGUUAAAAUGGAUUCCCACCCUGUUACUCCAAUGGAGGUUUCAUCUGAGCCACCCACAACAGAACAAAUGGAAACAAUUCAAGAGAGUGAUGCCAGGGAGCAAAUUGAGACUGUUGAAGAAAAGAAUGAGCCAGAAAAGGAAGUAUUUGAAAAUGGGUCAAAAGAGAGUAAUUUAGAGGACCACACGAGUGCACCAGGCUGUCCAGAGAAGGAAAUGAGCGUGUCUAAGGAGGAAACACGUAAAUCUGAAAAGGGGUCCCAGAAUGAACUUGUUUCUGAAGUAGCCCCUAGCAGUGUGAUUGAAGAAAGCACUACCGAAGAAGAGAAGAAUGAAGAAUAUGUCGAUGAACUGAGGACCCAGAAAAUAGCCCCUGAGAUUAACAUCGUCACCAGUGCCAUCACAGUAACGCCUCUGACAGUGCCAGCGAAACCAUCUCCAAAUGUCAUUCCGACGUAUGUAACACCCCCUUCACUUACUCGAGUCACACUGCCAGAUGGGAGAACGUCUGCCUAUGCCAGCACCAUUCAAACAAUCAUGGUCCCAACUUUACAGCCAGCAAGUGUCACGACAACUACGCCAGUGCCUAUAACCACAGCCACCUACACUCCCAUUCCUCCUUCACCUAUGCCAGAGCCUGCCCCAACAUCUCAGCAUCCUGCAGUUUUCUCUAGAGUAGCUUCUACCGAUAAUGUAAGCAAAGAACCAAGUCCACCCCAUAUUCCAGUGCAUCCUUCUUCUCUUACUAGUGAAAUCAAGGACAUUGCCUCAGAGGAGGUCUUUGAGUCCAGAUUCAAAAAACGUGAUUCAUCUCUGACACGCGGCUUUAAGCUCCUGAACUGGGCAAAAUCUGAGGAGAAGUCUGCUACGAUGCCUCCUGAAUCUGGUGAAGACAUCUAUCGUCCCGGCGCUGUAGGCACUCCCAUACAAGUCGUCAAACCCGAAGCAUCCAGGAUAAUGAUGGAGAAAUCCAAGUCUGUCCAGGACCUCAGAGAAGCUUCAAAAGACCGUGGGUUUAUGAAGAGACUCUCGAUGCGUCUGAAGAGAACCCCACCUACCGAGAGAAAGGAGGAAAAGUCAAGAGAGGAAGCACCUGCUACUGAGUCCAGCGGCCCAAGGCGACGUCUUUCCUGGGCUCUCAGCCGCAGCAAAUCCCAGGAAAAGGUGACUGCUGAUGUGGAGAUGGUCAGGAUGGAUGGUGCACCUGAGGCUCCAAAGGAAGAGGUGGUGAUGGAGCCCAAAAAAGCAAGCGAGUCCCCAAUCCUGAAUAUGCGGCGGAAGAUCGAAUCCACAGUGGCCGGGAUCUCCAUGAGGAUCCGCAGUCAGUCUGAAGAAAGGAAAGGACAAGAAGAGAGGAAAGAGGAGAAGAAGGCUGAGGAGAAGUCUGAGAGCAAGCGGACACCUUUGCUCUCUCUGCUCCGCCGGUCCAGCUCUGAGGGAAUUAGCCUGAAGAAGCUAGGCCUCACCCAGAACCCUCUGGCAUCACAGUCAGUUUCAACUGCAUCCACUGAGUCUCUGGAGUCCACAAGCAGCAUUCAGUCAGAAUCAGCUAUCAAAAACCCGGAGAGUGACCGUAGGUUAAGAUGGGACCGUUGGGGCCUGACCAGGGGCCGCAAAGACAAGACUGUAUCCCAGCCAGACAUACCCUCUGCAAUAGCCAGAGAUGGCAGCUCCUUCCGCGGUCGACAGUACACCAGACUGGCAUCUGAUUUCCCCCCAGUGUUUCACAUUAAACUCAAAGACCAUGUUCUUCUGGAGGGGGACCCCGUCACCCUCAGCUGCCUUCCUGCAGGCAGUCCUCAUCCACGUAUCACCUGGAUGAAAGACAAGAAGCCACUCGAGAUUGAUGCCAGGAUGAACAUGAUCUCGUGUCCGGAUGGGAGGCAACUGCUCAUGAUCAUGAAGACCAGCGGGAAAGAUGCUGGCCUCUAUGAGUGUGUGGCCUCGAACCCCCUGGCCUCAGUCACCAGCUGCUGCGUCCUGACCCUUGCCCGUCUCCCCGAAGCCCCCGGAACCCCAGAGGUUCCACAGAAGUACAAGAACACAGCCCUUGUUUUAUGGAAGCCUUCAGCAACACCAGCCCCAUGCACCUACUCCCUUGAAAGGAAGAGAGAGGGUGAAGAAAACUGGCUCUUCGUAGCUACAGGUCUGGCUGAUUGUUACUGCAGUGUUACAGACCUGCCAACAGGGGGCACCUAUAGGUUCAGGGUGGCCUGUGUCAACAAAGCCGGCCAAGGGCCCUACAGUAACUGCUCAGAGCCCGUGUGUCUUGAUUCUACAGCCCCUGCUGCUGAGAUGAAGACUGUCCCCUCCACUUCGGUCGUGACUUCCUCAGUGACUGUGCCUCCCAUCAAGCCUGGUUCCACUGUCUUGCCAAGUAAACCUGCCACUGUAGCCACUGUCAAGCCAUCAUCACCACCCCAGACCGCUCCACCUGUCCAUGUCCCAUCUCCAUCCACAGCUGCUGCUGCUUCCACCUCCACACAUGCUUUACCUGCUCAUUCUCCUAAUAAAUCCCUGUCUGUGGUCACCCCUCUACCCCCUCCCGCCCAUCCUGUCCCUUCUCAUCGUGUUAUUGAAGAGAUCCAGACUCCCCAGUCAGUGACAUCCACUCCACCAAAAGCCAAGACCACUCUUAACAUCAGUGUCACAUCUUCCCCUGCAACGCCUCCCAAGCUUGCACCUCCUACAGUCUUACCCAAACCAAAAAGCCCUCCCAAUAUUGUUUCUCCAGCGUCUCAGACUCCUCCCAUCUCCCCACCUCCGCUGGUGUCCCCUCCCCCCACUAUUGGAAAACCCAUUUUCUCCGUCCCCCUGUACGUCCCAGUCACCACAGCUCAAGUCAGCCCUCCCACACCCACUCAGUCCCUCUCAACCCCUGUGGUGCUGGUGACCAGCCUGAGUCCUGUUGGCGAGGGCAUGAACACGCCCUCUAGAAUGACCCCAAGCGGACUUACGGCACCGUCCGGGCGCUUGACCCCUUCUGGGCGCAGGACCCCUUUGGGCAAGGCUGGUGAAUCGACCUUACGUCAAGGAGUCCCACAGAAACCGUACACUUUUAUGGAUGAGAAAGCCCGGGGGCGUUUUGGUGUGAUCAGAGAGUGUAAGGAGAAUGCCACAGGAAAGCUCUUCAUGGCCAAGAUUGUACCAUAUGAGCCGGAAAGCAAACAGGACGUGCUAAAAGAGUAUGACAUCCUGAAGGCACUCCAUCAUGAGAAGGUCAUGGCUCUGCACGAGGCUUACGUGACACCUCGCUACUUGGUGCUCAUCUCUGAAUACUGUGCAGGCAAGGAGAUGCUCUACAGUCUCGUUGACAGGUUUCGAUACUCCGAGGAUGACGUUGUCAAUUAUAUUGCGCAGAUCUUACUUGGCCUGGAUUAUCUGCAUGGCCGCCGUAUCCUGCACUUGGAUAUUAAGCCUGACAACGUCAUGGUCACCUACAAUAACAUCAUUAAAAUAAUUGACUUUGGUAGUGCACAAAACUUCAACCCGUUGUUCCUCAAGCCAUACAACCAGGGCCAGGGAAUGCUGGAGUUUAUGUCUCCUGAAAUGGUGAAAGGGGAUGUAGUGGGCCCCCCAACAGACAUCUGGAGCGUAGGUGUCCUGACGUACAUCAUGCUGAGUGGGAGACUGCCGUUCCAGGAGGCCAACCCAGCAGAUACUGAAGCCAAGAUACAGGCAGCAAAAUUUGACCUCUCCAAGCUCUACCAAAACGUAUCCCAGAGUGCCUCAUUGUUCCUUAAGAAGAUCCUGUGUAGUUAUCCAUGGGCACGUCCAACUAUUAAGGACUGCUUCAACAAUUCCUGGCUACAGGAUGCCUACCUGAUGAGGCUGCGCCGUCAGACACUCACCUUUACCACAACGCGACUUAAGGAGUUUCUGGUAGAACAGCAGCGGAGAAGGUCAGAGGUGGCCAUCAAGCACAAGGUCCUUCUGCGCUCCUACCAGAGCACUCCUGGCACCCCCACCAAACCCAGCAUGCCCCCAGCGCCGGUCACCCAGUGAGUGGAGUCUGGAAAUUAAGCAUGGGGAGUGGCUGAAGAAGAGCAUUCCAGGGUUGAGAGAGAGGUGGCACAUUCCAUCUCUUUGGGGUUGGGGACAAGAGUCUAACCACCCACAAGGCAAGGCUACAGUGGGACAACUGUACAGCUGCAGAAAUCUAGCACUGGCCUGGAGCCAAGAAUCAGCCGCUCUGAUUUCACCAGAGAGACAAGGCAACAUCAGAGUGGACUUCAAAUGAAAAUCCUGUGGACUGUCUCACAGAGCAUGCUUGGUGGUUUCUUCUCAGCCCAGGAGCUAUUACCGUAGUUCCAGUGCUCCCCUUGAACUUAAGAGUUUUUUUAAAGCUUCUUCAUUAGUCUCUGGCAAUAGGUUAUGUCUGUCUGGCUGGGGACUACAGAUCCAUUGGGUUUAAGUAGACAAACUGUAUUUUCUACUGAAGCUCAACUGUCUAAGACUCAGAGAUUUAGUUUUAAUAUCAAAAAAAGAAGUCAUGUAAAAGUGUAAUUUUGUGGUAUUUCCCAAGAACAAGCUUGGAACUUGAGAAAUUGUGGAGAAAUGUGGUGUAUAUCUUUUACUUCUAGCUUUUGUGAACCCAAGAAACCCCUUUUAUUACUGGUAGUUAUUUUUGCAGAAUAAUUAUCAGAAUAAAGCAGAAGUCGUGACUCAAUCAGGUGAUACGGAGCAUGAGAAAUCCAUGAGUUUGGAUUGUUUUUUUUUUUUGGACUUUUAAUAUGAGAAUAUUGACAAAACAGGAUAAGUGAAUGUUAAAAAGCCGGGUCUCUUUACAUUUAUCUGCAAUUAUGUGGCUAAGGGAAUAAUCGUACAACGUCAUGUUACGAUGCAUGACAUUAUGAGAACACUUGGUGUUUCCAGUGCACCACAAUGCAAAUGCCAUCAGUCCAUAAAGUAGCCUACUUUACGAAUGUCUGGUUAGGUCUGCAAGCCCUGCACAAGGACAGACUGGGCACUUCCUGAGGUGAAUCCCACUUUGGCACUGUGGAACAUGACUGCUGAUGUGCAGUUACAGCUUUGCUAUGUAGAUCCCAGGACUGACAUUUGAACUGUAGCCGAUCUCACAUUUGGAAGUCCUACCUUUGUGGCAGAAUCCUCCUGAAAUUUGUGUUGAAAAUUAUUUAAGGCUGCAUUUACUUCUAUCUUGUAGAGCUUAAUAAAGAGCAUCUUGAACAAUGUCUGUUUGUCAAAAUCCCAUCAUGACAGCACCCUGAAUGCAAUGAGCAGAACUUGAUUGUAAAGAUAAAUGAUGAUAUUUAAAAUCAUGCAAUGAAAUUUUGCAAAAAUGUUCCAAGGAAAUUAUAUUCUGGCAAGAUGUUUAUGAAAACUAGUCAGCAAAGAGGGGGAAAAAAACGAUAUAUUCUACACAGGUGGUCAUUUAAGAGCAAUGGCAGCUAUAAUGUAGAUAUGAAUAUAUCGUAUAUGAUACUUUUGUAAUUUGUGGUGAGAAAAUUGUGUGUGUUUGGUAGCCCCAAUAAAGAAAUGGAUGUAACUCAUUGUGGAGGUCCAAAGUAUAGGGCAGAAUUUUAAUUUUGCUUGUCUCUAAGCCAUUUCCACCAGAUAUGCCCCAUAGAUAUAAUAUUGUGUAAUUUGAGUAUGUUUUUGAGCUGCAGGCAUUGAAGCAUUCACAAGUUUUGUUCAGAAUACAAGUUAGAAUUCACUUUGGAAAGUGCCGUGCUUUUAUGCUACACAAUAGUCUAGCCCAUGUCUUUCCAUAGCCAUUCUACAAUUAGUGUCUAAAGUAUUUUUAAAAUUCAGCAUCUGACAGAUAACUUGUUUGUAACAAACCAACAGGUAUGGGUUUGUGUUUUUUUUUUGCAAAUGGUCUAAUAUAGCAUGUGUUGUAAGACUGGCAUUGUUCAGAUAAAGCAAAACACUAGUUUUUUUUUUCUUAGCAAAUUGUAGUUAAAGGAUGAUAAAGCAAUGUCACAUGUUGUAGAAACUGCUUGAAGUUUUUAUUUAUUUCAGUUCUAGGAACCAUGGUUAACAACAGAAAAAAAUCCAGGUUUCUACAUCUUUACCUGUUUUACAAAAACAGUCAUAAUUAGAAGCAGCAAGAUAUCAAAUUAAAUUACAUUUUAAUUAUUGAAGCAAUAAUUAUUUUAAUUUCAAUUCUUGAGGAAAACAACAUGAUACACAUGAAAGGCAAUGUGUAAUAGAGAUUCAUAUGAAAAAACAUUCUUGUGUAACUGGAAAUUAGUGAUGGCACCUCGUGUUAAUAAAAUGCUAAAAGUU